AUGCCGACGGUGAAACGGCGUCCAGUGGAUCUAAUCCCAAAUCCAGCCAAUGACGAUCCACACGCUCAAGUAUUUUUUAUAGACAGUACUUCAGAGAUAUUCCUGGAUUACACUUCAUAUCUUUCACGUAUUCUUUUCUUAAGAGAGCACAUAUUCCAAUGCUCUAAUUCUGGCAAGAAUAAUCUCACUUAUGCUGAGGCUUUGGCCUCCGAGUUAUCCGAAGCUAAGAAGAUGGAAGCUCGUUUCCAGCCAGCCAUAAGAGGCCCAAUCCUCCGCUCUGCUGCUUUUCAGGUCAUGGGCCGUCUCGACAGCCUCGUCGAUCAUAUCUUUGAACGCUUCAAGAAUCGUUUCUGGCCAGGCGAGAGCUUAUUCGUUGAUUUACAAGGCCAAAAGUACUUUGCCAGAGUUAUUAACGUCUAUCCACCCAAGGAAAUCGUCCAUUACAUCCAACAACAUCGCGAGCCUGAUGCUAAACGUGUCAAGACGGAUCCUACUGACGAUUCUAUAAGAGAAGCUAGCGGCCUCAAAACCUCUGAGCUACAUAGAAUGGGCGUUGACUUGGAAAUCCCUCAAGCAGAAGCAGACGCUGCAGACCCUCCACUUUCCUAUUACUACACUGUUCAAUUAGCUGGAAAGGAUGACAAAUUUAGUGGCUCUUACAUGGAGUUGAAAGCUGCUUCGUUAUCACGUGAUAGAUUGAUGUUCUCAAAGUCUAUUCUUCGCAGAUAUCUUCGUGAUACUCUCUAUCGCUCAACGGCUGUAGGCGCCCCUUGGCGUGUCAAGCCUGAAAUUGCCAGAACUUUCAAUAUACCUGAGGAAGUCACCCUUGAAGCAAAACAUAAAAGUGAUGUUGACCGUAAAUUUAAGCUCGAAGAGAUGAAGAAGCUUUUAGAAGGCAAGCCACGGGAGCCAAUAAUUGAACAGCCACAAUUACCUGCUCCUGAUCUAAAACCACGUGCUAAACCGCGAACAAAGGCUGUCAAAAAAGAAUAUGGUAUCCUCCCCGACGUAAAAACUGUAGUGGCUGCAGUCAGAGAUAAGGAAAAGAAGAAAUCAACAAAAUACCCCUGCGAAGAUUUAGAUAUAAUACUCACUACACGAGAGAUCAACGCUAGAUCAAAAGAGAAUUCAUUAGUUAGACCAACACCUACAAUCCCCAUUUCUGCAUCGCAUAGCACAUUUGAUAAAUUAUUACAAGUAUGGUCAUUCUUAAAUAUAUUCGAGAUUCCACUGCAUUUGUCAAUCUUCACUUUGGAUGAUUUGACCAACGUUUUACAACUAACAACUACAGAACAGGGCGUACCUGAACUUUUGACGGAAAUUCACGUAUGUUUAGUUAACAUGCUCAUUCGCGAACGUGAUCAUGUUGAAGGUAUGACAGAAGCUCCACUUAAUGAAGAGGCUUCUGCCGAUCAAGAAUGGGUACUUGGGACUGUUGAUAGAUAUGGUAACGCUUGGACCCGCAAGCUUAUCAGUGAACAAUCCGAGCGUAAAGAACAAUGGUUGAGGGCAACUGUGGGAUGUCUGAGAGGACAUCUCACUAAUGAGACACAUGCUCAGUACAGGCGAAUCUUUGCCCAUCUUUUUCCUCCAAAGAUCCUUGACUCGAAUUCUGAUAAAAAACAUGGUUCAACGUCUUCGUUGUCGUCAAUGGAAGAUGAAGCAAGGCCCGAAGAGAGAUACUUUACUCUUUCAUUCGAUGACAAGCUCCUUCUGCUGUCGGCUUUAAUCGAUAGAGUAAAAAUGACAAAACAUAUAAGGAACUUUGUCGACAAGGCUGAACCUCAAUUGACAGAGCUUCGAAAGGAAAAGGUAGAUCUUAACAGAGAGAAAAAGAAGUUGACGGAAAAGUUAGAAGGAAAUGACAAGUCCAAUUCGCAAGCACCACCUGCUGGAGCUGAUGGGGCACCCGAGAUUGCUCCUGAUUCUGUUCCAGCGCAGCCAUCUACUUCAGAACAAGCUUCCGAACCAGUAGCCGAUAAUCAUUCUGAGGGUUUGAGCGAACCUCCACCAGCCGACGAAGAAGCUAAUGGAGAGGAUGAAGAUGACGAGGAGGUGGACCAGCUCGAAUCUGACAGUAAUGAAGACAAGGAAGAAAACGAAGUAGAAGAUGAUGCAAUGGAAACUGAAGACAACACAAAAGCAGAACCAGAGCCAGUAGAGCUUACGCCGGAGGAAGAAGUCGUGCGCUUGUCUAACAGAGUUGAGGAAGUUGACAAUGAAUUUAGAUCUACUCACGGAACUCUGCGCUUGAGACCACUUGGUGAAGACAGAUUUUAUAACACUUAUUGGUUCUUUGAUGGACUUGGUAGUCGACCAUUACAAGGUACGGCCUCAAAACCAGGAGAUGGUUACGAGACGGGCAGACUGUUCGUUCAUAGGCCACAUCUGCCAGAUCCUGCUGUUAUGUCAGCGUCUCACGAGUUAAUUUCACGCUUGAUGGAGGACACAGAAAGUGAUUUACGUAAAGACGAGAAUCUCUAUGCGCAAGUGGAGAAGGACAUAACGAAUUUGCUGACCGAUAGGAGGAAAGAGGAGGAAGGUGAGCCGGGUAUGCUUCAACCAGGUGAAUGGGGUGCAUUUGACUCAAUGGGUGAGAUCAGGAGUCUCAUGAACUGGUUUCAGCAGAAGGGUAAUCGUGAGCUUGCACUAAGAAAUUCGAUACAAAGAUGGUGGCCUUGGUUAGAGCGUAGCAUCAAUAGCCGUAGAGAGCAUCUAGAUGGAAAUGCGCAAGAUGUCAAGAUGGAGAUCGAUGGCAUGUCAUCUUCUAUGUCUUAUCGCAGCUGGAAAAAUAAGCGAAGAAAUUAG